AUGGAGGUUGCCAUAUCUGCAGUUACAGGUGAACUUUUGAGCAGGUUCAUCUCCUUCCUGACGAACAAGUAUCGCUCCUCCUUAAGCCAUGCACACUCAGAGGAGCAAAAGAAGAUGGUGGAGAGGUUGCAUCAUCUCCUGAUGAGGGCUGGCACCAUCGUUGAGGAGGCAGACGCGCGGUACAUAACCAACUCUGGAAUGAUGACACAACUCAAGAAUCUCUCAGAGGCCAUGUACCGAGGAUGCCGCGUGCUGGACACCUUGAGGUACCGAACCCUCCAAGACAGUGGAAGCUUCGACGAGGUUAGCAACGACUCAUCCAUCAACUGCUUGUAUUUAGCCAAGCGUUCUCGAACAACUGGCAAGGCCGUGCACCUCGAGUCACAUGAUACCUUGGAAAGCUUAGAAAUUGUUGUUGCUAACAUGGCAGAAUUUGUUGUGCUUCUGGGUGGAUGCGAGCGCAUGUCUCGUAGGCCAUAUGACGUUUAUCUUUACACCGAAAACUUCAUGUUCGGCCGACAUGCUGAGAAGCAGAAGCUCUUGAGCUUCUUGCUGCAGCACAGUGACCCUCAUGGUGAUCAUGCACCGGCCAUUCUUCCAGUCAUAGGUGGUGCUUCGGUAGGAAAGAAAACUUUGGUUGCUCAUGUGUGUAGCGACGAAAGGGUUCACUCACGCUUCUCCUCCAUUUUGCACUUGAAUGGAGACAACUUUAUGAGGAUACUUGACAACGGAAGGAGCAUGUUUGGGAUGGUGUUGGUGGUUAUUACGUUUGCUUCUGAUAUAGGAGACGAUGAUUGGAAAAUGUUUCACUCCAUUGUCAUAAAAAUGGGCAGAGGAAGCAAGGUCAUCAUCAUAAGUAGACUUCAAAGGGUAGCUCGAUUUGGAUCGUUGAAACCGAUUUUCUAA